AUGAUGGAAAGUGGGAAAAACGAUGGGUUGAAUGUGAAAUCUUCAGAGAGGAGCGAGGAAGAGGAAGGAGAUGAUGAAAGUAAGACCAAAAACAGUGCAAGCUCGAGCAACAGCAUAGUUGAUGAGGAGAGUGAGAAGAAGGCCAGCAGCUCUAGUGGGGUGCGGCCAUAUGUACGAUCCAAGCUGCCUAGACUAAGAUGGACUCCUGAUCUUCACCUUUGUUUUGUCCAGGCUGUAGAGAGACUUGGAGGUCAAGAGAGGGCAACUCCUAAAUUGGUUUUGCAACUAAUGAACAUCAAGGGCCUAAGCAUUUCUCAUGUCAAAAGCCAUUUACAGAUGUAUCGGAGCAAGAAGAUUGAUGAUCAGGGUCGAGUUAUAACCAGUAGAGGACAUCUUAUGGGAAGUGCAGAUCAGGAUUGCCAAAACCUUUGGAAACAGUACUCCAUGCUUCAAACUACUAUUGAUCAAAGGGUUACCCCCAAAUUCAGAUAUGGUGACUUUUCUUGGAAUGGUGAUGGGAGCUGGAUAUCCAAGCCUUAUUUGACUGAUCAUCAUGAAACGAAUAUUAGAACACGAGAUACCCUUUCUGAAGGUAUUGAUUUGAACAAAAGGAAUAUUGGAGCUUUCAACAUGAAUAACAUUAACAUUGCCUUCUCUAAACAAAGUAGCAAGAGAAAACUACAAGAGUUUCAGGAAGAAUUUCAAUGGCUGCUCAAUCAAAAUCCUAUCAAAACCCAGCAGACAAGGUCCAGGGAAUUGCAUGGAAGAGGAAGAGAGAGAACUAGUGGAGAAGAUCAGCAAAGCACAGGAAGAAGGAAAUGCUUUCAUGAUGACAUUGAUUUGAGUCUAUCAUUGAGCUGCAUAAGAUCAAGACAAGAGGAAGAUCAUAAGAGAAUACCAUGGAUUGAGGAAGAAGUGGCUAGCAAUUUAUCGCUUUCUUGUGUAUCUUCUUCAAAGAAGGGAGACUAUUCUAUAGAUCUCAACAUGCCAUCAAAGCUUAGCAGGUUGAGUGCAGAAGAUUAUAAUGCAGAAAAUCCGAAAUUGGCGAGUACCCUUGAUCUGACUAUAUGA